AUGAGCUCCCCUAUACAGCCUAUCAAGGAGAAUGCUUCUAUGGUCGUUUUUGGUGCCUCUGGUGAUUUGGCCAAGAAGAAAACGUUCCCUGCUCUCUUCUCCCUUUUUAAAGAUGGCCGUCUUUCCUCAGACCUCGUCAUCGUAGGUUAUGCACGCUCCAAAAUCGAACCUAAUGACUUUAUUGAACGUAUCACCCAGUUCAUCAAGAUUGACGAUAAUGACUCGGAAACCAAACAAAAGUUGGAACAAUUCAAGAAAAUGUGUACCUACUACCGUGGCUCUUAUGAUGGUGUUGAUUCUUUCCAAGGCCUCAACAAUCAUCUUUUAGAGCGCGAAGGCGAUCGCGAGGAGCGCAACCGCGUCUUCUACCUCGCUCUUCCUCCCGAUGUCUUCGUCUCCGUUUCCACCCAACUGAAGCAGCAAUGCUAUCCUCAAAAAGGCGCUGCCCGCCUCAUCAUCGAAAAGCCCUUUGGUUUCGACCUCGACUCUGCUCGUGAUCUCCAAUCCAAGCUGAAUCCUCUUUUCGACGAAAACGAGAUUUACCGUAUCGAUCACUACCUCGGCAAAGAAAUGGUCCAAAACCUUACUCAUCUCCGUUUCUGCAACCCCGUUAUCUCUCACUUGUGGAACAAGGAAUCCAUUUCCAACGUUCAAAUCACUUUCAAGGAGCCCAUCGGCACUGAAGGCCGUGGUGGUUACUUUGACACUAGCACCAUCGUUCGUGACAUCGUUCAAAAUCAUCUUGUUCAAGUUUUGUCCUUGAUCGCCAUGGAACCUCCUACCUCCCUUGCUGCUGGUGAUUUGCGUGAUGCCAAGGUUCAAGCUUUGCGUCGCACCCGCCUUGGUGACCUUAAAGACGUCGUUUUCGGCCAAUACGUCAAAAGCAAGGAUGGUAAGCGUCCUGGCUACUUGGAUGAUGACACUGUCCCCGAGGGUAGUAAAUGUCCCACCUAUUCGGCCAUUCCCUUCUUCGUUGACAAUGACCGUUGGGAUGGUGUCCCCUUCCUCUUGAAGGCCGGUAAGGCCAUGGACGUUGGUAAGGUCGAAGUCCGUGUUCAAUUCAAGCCUGUUGCCAAUGGAUUGUUCAAGGAUGCCCACCGUAACGAAUUAGUCAUUCGUAUCCAACCCAACGAGGCCGUUUACUUCAAGUUGGACAUCAAGCAACCUGGUAUCAGCUCCAAGCCUUUACUCACCGACUUGGAUUUGACAUACAAGAACCGCUUCACCAAUAUGAAGUUGCACGAGGCAUACGAAGCCUUGUUCUUUGACGCUUUCGCCGGUGACCAAUCUCGUUUUGCUCGUAUCGACGAACUUGAAUGUGCUUGGUCUUUGGUUGGUCCUCUUUUGGAAUACAUGGAGAAAGAGAAGCCUCAGCCCGCUCCUUACGAGUAUGGCUCUAACGGUCCCGAGCUUUUGGGUAACUUUUUGCAAAAGUUCGGUUACGUUUAUGAUAUUCCUGAUUACUAUGAAUAUCCUGUGACAAAUUUGCCUGACGAUAAAUAA